AUGGCAACGACGACGCCUAUUCCUAACUAUGUCAACCCGGAAACAAGAGUGCCCGAGCUGCUCGGUGUGCAGAUUGGGCUGACGGUGCUGGCGUUCCUGAUUGUGGUGGCGAGGAUCUACACGAGGACGAAGAUUAUGAGGUUCUGGGGGACGGAUGAUAUGGCGAUUUCAGUGGCUAUGUUGUUCGCGGUGAUUGAGACUACAUUAGGGUGUAUGGCUACACGAUACGGCACAGGACUUCACCUGUGGGAUGUUCCGCCGAACCUAUCAUUGGCACCCUCACUCAAGGUACACACCGCACACGCCCGGAUCCCGCUGUCAAUCAUACCCACAUCCCAAAAAUCAACUCCACCGUUUCGUUUCAACAAGAAUACUAACAAUGCGCUCCAACACCCGCAGAUGUCAUUCGUCGUACAAAUCCUCUACAUGCCCAUCCUGCUCAUGACCAAGCUCUCCAUCCUCCUGUUCUACCGCCGCCUCUCGCCCAACGCGCAAUACAUGCGCAUCGUCAAGAUCGUCAUCGGGGUCUCGAUCGCCUUCGGCAUCGCCGUGACGCUCGGCGACAUCUUCCAGUGCGCGCCGGUCGCAUUCGUCUACGACACCUCGAUCCCUGGCGGAAAGUGUAUUUACCAGAUGGCCUUCUUCAAGAGCACGGCCAUCAUCAAUAUCGUGAAUGACUUUAUUGUGUUUGUGCUGCCGCUGCCGACGCUGUGGAGGCUCAAGCUACCGAUGGCGCAGAAGUUGGCGUUGGGGUUCAUUUUGGGCCUGGGGGCAUUUGUUUGUAUCGCGAGUUGUAUCCGUCUCAGUCUUUUGUUCCGUCUUUCUCAACAAGUCGAUGUGACCUGGCACGGCGUCGAUCUCUCAAAUUGGUCCUGCAUCGAGUACAACAUCGGGAUAAUCUGCGCGUCGCUCCCGGCACUCAAGCCCCUGAUGGGCCGAGUGCUGCCCUCGGUGUUCGGCCGGACAAAGACGGGGAGUAGUGGCAUAAGUGGCUUCAGCGGCGCCGCAAAGAAAUCAGGCAACAUGUAUGCCCUGGGGUCACUUAGCGGCGGCGGAGGGGGAAAUGCGGACCCGCAGUAUGGCCAUGGGAUUGCAAUAACGUGCCGUAAGUCCGAUGAGGAGAACCUUCACCACCACGACCACAGCCACACGACGAAGGACAAUGAGAGCGAGGAGCACAUCAUCAAUUACGGCUCGAAUGGGAUUACGAAGACUAUGGAUAUCACGGUGGAUGUCGAGGAGCGCGGGGAGAGUGUCUCGACGAUACAGAGUGGGCGCCGGAUAUAG